AUGUUUUUACACCAGUUUCUUAUUUAUGAUUAUGCUCAAGUUCGGACAGUAUUCCAGUGCACCUGGCCAGGGUGUGGGAAGACUCACAGCACUUGUGCAGGAGUUGAAAAACAUGUUAGAAUAAAGCACCUCAGGAGAGAAGAUUCAGAAUCAGAUGGAGAGGAAGAAUUCUACUAUACUGAAAUUGAAGUGGUUGAUGACGCAAGUGGGGUCGAGAACAAUGCUGAGUCUUUGCCCCAAAUUACAAAUACUCCACCCUCUACUACAAAUAUCUUGCCCUCAUCCAGUGUCCUGGCGUCCAGUCACAUCCCCAUGUCCACAAGCACACCAAUUUUGACCCACAUGAAAACCUCAGAACCAAUACCUAUGAAACCCAUGAUUGGCAUUCAUGAUCAUGAUUAUCAAAAAAAGGAACAUCGAUACUUAAGCCAAUCUGUAGACUCUUCAACAACCAACUCUGGAAAUUACUUAAAAGAAGGGCCAUCAACUCCAAUCCCAAUUAACAUGCCUCAGAUAAAGAAAUCUCUUUCUUGGCAAAAUAGAGUUAAUACAACAACAACACCACCAGGUAUCUCGACAUCUGCACCAAUCCGUGUUAACAAACCAAGUCCCCAAGAGAGACUCCAGCAACACCAGAGCCAAUCUCCAAAAUGCCACAUGUUGACCUCUCCUCAAAAGUGCACAUUGACUCAUAAAAAGUCACGCAGUGAAAUUUUAAACAAAAUUUCUGAAAUGUACUUAUCUAUCUAUCUAUCUAUCUAUCUAUCUAUCUCAGUUUAUUUGUACAUUUCUUUCUUUUUGUAUGUAUAUUUUUUCAUAUCUAUCUCAGCUGGUUUCUAA